AUGCGUACCACUCGAAGCUCUGGGGCCACCCAAGGUGCCGCACCCUCUUUACCCGUCCAGCCGGCUCUUGGCACAAAGGAGGACGUUUCUUUGUCUCCUCUGACAGUGGGUUCGGAGUCUGAGGUCAUGGAACCGGCCAUUGCAUCUGUACGUGCUGAGGGAGAUUUGCCGGCUUCUGAUUCUGCUGCUGAGAUGGCAAUGGGAGCUGAUGUAGUCGGUGGCGUCUCUGUGCACAAAGACAACACCCCAUCUGCUGAUAGUGGGCUCGUGGACCCACCGUCCUCCCCAGGCGAGUCUAUCCCGUAUGUAACCGCAGAACAGAGUCGCAUACUCGAGGAUAGUAUGGAUAUUCUCGCCAAUAACUCAGUGGCGAUAUGCGACACCACUGAACGCAAAGUAACUCAGGUCGCCACCGAGGGCUUUCGAGAGGAGGCUCACCCAGUCGCCGCUGUCAUGAGCACGGGGACGCCCUCUACCACGAUUGGAUCUCGACCGUAUGUCUUCGUCGUCAAGAUCAGGGUGCUCGUGCCCCCCGUGGAGUUGGCGGCGGAGAAGCUGGUGAGAAAGCGUGUUCCGGCGAGGGCCACUGAUUUCAUGGGCUCGUCGUCGAAGCGGGCGCGUGUGGCGUAA